UGUCAUGUGACCUGAUUGUUGACGGUCACUACGGAACGACUGGCGCGCGCUUUGUCAAACUCUCCGCAGCUGUUCAUCUCGCCUCAUCUCACAGUCACAAACAAUGUCUUACCGCCAUAAACACAGCGGCCACGGUGACUACAGGACUGAAGAAAACAGGAACAAAGGACCAAGACGGUCUCAUUGCAGGAAAAGGGAUGCUGAUGGGAACGUAAGAAGAUCACGUGAUGAGUCUGAGACCAACACGUCAGAUAGAAGAGGAUCAAACAGGCCAGAAUGUUUCACAACUCCAGAGAGUGAAGGACCUGUGUCGAGAAUAAGAGACUGGGCAGAGGAGGUGGAGACUGAUGAAAUGCGCACUAAUGUUCGACGGGACAUAGAGCGUUACAGACGGCGGAUCCUGACUGGAGAUUUUGUUCCAAGAGAGAGGAAAACGUCAUCUGGAAGUUCAGACUCACGAGAUUCCAGAGAUUCACCUGUCCCCGGGGACAUUGAGACUGACGAGACUGUCCUAAUGAGGAGGCAAAAGCAGAUUAACUAUGGGAAGAACACUCUCGCCUAUGACAGAUACAUUAAAGAAGUGCCAAAGCACUUGAGGAAACCAGGGGUCCAUCCACGAACUCCCAACAAAUUUAAGAAAUACAGCCGCCGCUCCUGGGACCAGCAGAUAAAACUGUGGAAAGUCAAGCUGCAUGCUUGGGACCCCCCUGCUGAAGAAGGCAGUGAUCUGCAAGCUGUAGAUCUGGGCGAGGUCAUGGACUUUGAGCUGGAUGUUGAGUGCUCAGUGGAUCCUGAAACAGAAGCAUCAAGCUCAAAAUCUAGUAGUUCAUCACUCCCUGAGCACUCAGGAACCCCCCACAAGAUGAUGAAGAUCGAUGAAGCUGAGAUGGCGUAACUGCUCUCGCUGAUGUUCUGAUAAUGCGAGAGAACUGUUAACGCACUGACCCUUGCAUGAUUUUAUUGUUAAUACUGUUGUUUCCUAUUGCUUUUUUUUUUUUUUUUUUUUUUUUUUUUUUUCCUUUUUUUUUUUUUAAAAAAAAAAAACAUCUCGCUUUUUUCUUGGUAAAUUCAAAAUCUAAGUAAUGUUAGUUAAGGAAAGUUGAAAUUACACUGAUUAUAAAUUGUUCUCCACAUGGGCAGGUUUUCCACAUCCGAGUGUUUGUUUCAUAUAUAUAAUUGUUGUAAAGUGUUGCUUUUAUUUUUGUGUUGUAAAUUUGACAUUUUUGUUAAAUAUUUAACCAGCUGUUUUAUAAGGACCAUUUUGAAAUAAAGAAAUGAAUCAGACCAAAUUGUUUUUAACAUGUUUAGAGUACAUUUAGGUAGAUGAUACUUUGCUUUUAUUAAGAGUAUGUUCUAACUUUAAGUAAUCAAUUUACCUCCACUAGUCUUUCUGAUUUCUGUAAUAAUGUAAUUUAUAUGAUCCAGGUAUGUUCAUGACAAUAGGGCUAAGAGUUUGGACACCUGACCAUCACAUCCAUAUGUGUUUGUUGAACAUCCCAUUCCACAUUUAGUCUCCCUUUGCUGUUAUAAUAACCUCCACUCUUCUGGGAAGGCUUUCCACUAGAUUUUGGAAAAUGGCUAUGGGAAUUUGCCUAUUCAGCCACACAAGCAUUAGGGAGGUCAGUCAGUGAUGUUGGCUGAGGAGGCCUGGGUGCAGUCAGCAUUCCAGUUCAUCCCAAAGGUGUUUAGUAGGGUUGAGGUCAGGACACUGUGCAGGACACUUGAGUUCUUCCACUUCAACCUUAAAACACCAUGUCUUCAUGGAGCUUGCUUUGUGCACAGGUGCAUUGUCAUACUGGAGCAGGUUUGAGCCUCUUAGUUCCAGUGAAGGGAAACUGUAAUGCUACAGCAUACAAAGACAUUCUAUACAAUUGUAUGCUUCCAACUUUGUAGCAACAGAUUGGGGGAGAACCAUAUAUGGGUGUGACAGUCAAGUGUCCACAUACUUUUGGCCAUACGGCGUAUUAGAAUGAUAUACAUUCCACAUAUAUCAUUUAUAGAAACAGUAAAGAAAGUGCUAUCGGAGAAUAUGGAGUAUAAGGACGUUAGUGCUGUUGUAAAUUUUUUCUGCAAAUUUUUCUGUAAAGCUGCUUUGUGACAGUGAUCAUUGUUAAAAGAACUAUACAAAUAAAACUGAAUUGAAUUGAA